UUCAAUUUAAAACAAUAGUUAUGGAAAUUGAGAGUCAAUUAAGCGGUGAAAGCAAUGCAUUGACGCCAAAGAUAUACGAAAAUAUCGGUGAUUAUAGCGAUGGACAUCAUUUGCAACCCUUGAUGACCACCACUGCCGUCAAUAGCUGUCAUAAUAGUGAGACACCGAUGACCGCCACAGAUGCACAUCUGGCUCAACAACAUCAGCAGCUAAUGAAGAUUGAACCGUCGGUACAGACAUCGAUGGACAACACUUACCACACACUGGACAACAAUAACAGUGAUAUCUGUCUCUCUCCGACCAUUAAUAACGAUGAUGGCCAACACGUGAUGGACACGAGUGGUAACACUACUAAUAUUGACGGCUCCGGUAGCCCAACACGACCGCUCCUUUCGUCGCGCGACCGGUUUUGUUGGGUGUGUCAUAAAGACAAGGGUAAUAUCCAGUGUCGUCAGUGUCCCCGAUGUUAUCAUCUCAGAUGUAUACCGAUAACCAAUGGUGACGGCACUGUCAUUGAGUCCAAGAACAACAAAUCUAUGAAUAAAACGUUAAUUGAAUCGUUUGAGUCAUGGAUCUGUCUCGAGUGUAAAGAUAUUAUAAAAGAAGAAGAAAACUUACAGUCUAUGACCACCGAUGAUAGCGAAGAGUUGCCUCCUAAGUCACUGUUGGCUCAGAUGACCAUCGAUGAGAUGUCCGAACUAUUGACGUUCGCAUUGCAAACUAUACGUCUUUCGGCUGAUCUAACUUUCCAUAAGCCGGUGUCGCACAUUGUGUUUCCCGAUUAUCACGAGUUAGUUCAUUGUCCAAUGGAUUUAUCGACUAUCGAAAACAAAAUCAAUAGCAAUCGAUAUCGAUCACAGGCGGCCUUUUUGGCGGACAUCAAAUGGAUUGUUCACAACUGUAUUAUCUAUAACCAUAACAAUCAUCCGUUGACGACAAACGCUAAGUACUUGUCACGGGUGGCCAAGAAUGAGAUGGUAGAGAUGGACAUAUGUCCCGAUUGUUUUAGAAAUUUUUAUACAGUGACCGAGUCGUCCUUUGCCGAGCCGUGUCGACGGCCACAUCAAUUGGUGUUCGCUCGGGUAAAGGGCUACCCAUUAUGGCCUGCGAAGACCGUACGACUCGGCAACAAAAACGAAGUCGAUUGUCGUUUUUUCGGCACUCAUGAUCGAGCUUGGGUAACUGUAGACUCGUGUUGGUUAGUAUCUGAAGUACAUCCCGGUUCCAAACCAAAUAAGACACAUAAGGCUAAGUUUGAGGGCGCUAUGCGAGAGCUGGCCGUUCACGUGGAACGACUGAACGCGCGUUUUCCUAAAAAGUUUAAAUAUUCGCCGUCAAAGACAUCGUUUUCAGCCAAACAGAUAUUCAUUUUAGAUGAAGAUAAUGACUAUUACAACAAAUUAAUUGAUUAUCGACUGCAAACAGUAGAUGAUAAAUCACCCAAUGGUGCCGCCGAUAUAUCUGCCAAUUCAAAUGAAAAUAGUAAUAAAAGUUUGGAUAAUAAUAGCAAUGAUACCAACGAUAAGAGUGGUGAUGAAAGCGGUGUUACAAAUAUUACAAAACCAGUCGCUCCGGGAGUGUUUAGUCUGACCAGUGAUAAAGUUUUGGAUGAACUCAAAUCUGAGAUUAAAAUCAGUAAUGAAUCGACAAAUCUCUUAAAUAAAAAUAUCAAAAGCAAUUCGCAGCUAAAAGAUGACAAAAGCGCCAACGCGUGCGCUCGGACGGCACGUGUCGGUAAACGCAAUGUGGCCGAAGCGUUGCGGGCCAGCAAAAUAAUGAGAACCGGUAGCAACUCAUCGCAAACAUCAUCAUUUGCACCGACAGUCACGCCGUCAUCCAAUAAACAACAAACAAACCAGAGUUCAAAUGCAAACAAUACAUCACAGCAAACGACUACAGCAAAUGCAUCGGUUGUCAAACCGAAAGGCCAGUCAACUGUCACAUCACCACAACUUAUAUCCAAUCAAAAUAACAGUACUAUUAAUAAUAAUAAUAAUAGUAAUAAUAAUAACAACAAUUUUAGAGAGGAGUUGGAAAGACUCAAAAAACAAAUACAUUACGAGAAUGCUAUGCAUCGACAAGAGAUCCGAGAGAUUAAACAUAACUCGGAUUUAGUUUUGAUGGAAAUGAGACAGAGUUGGGUCACCGAAAGGGAUAAAGCAUUGGAGGAUCAGCGCCAGAAACACGAUUUGGAGCGCAAGCUAUUGAUGGCACAGUUUGACACUGAAAAGAAGCGAUUGUUGUCAUCUAUUGAGGAGACAAAGAGGAAACAGUGGUGCGGGGAGUGUCUUAAAGAGGCACAACUGUUCUGUUGCUACGACACCUGGUAUUGCACUUAUGAAUGCCAGAAGAGUCACUGGAAGAGUCACGUAAAUGUAUGUCAACAGAUCCAGAGAGCCUCUACAUCCAAGAAGUCUUAGAUUUUGUUUCUAUCCAUACAACCAUAUAAUUCAUAUAUUUGUAUAAUAUAUCUAAACUUUUUCAUGAUUUGAUUUUCAUCAAUAAGAAAACAAACAUAUUUUUGGCGACAAUUUCACAUCAUUUAGUGAUUUUAAUACAAUUCAUAGUUAAAAAAAAUGAGAUUUUAAUUUUGAAAUUAUUAAUUAAAUAACAAAUACAC